CAUUUUCGGGAACAAAAUAUAAAAAGCAAAACGCAUCUCAUCGCGACACGGCACCCAAGUCCAUAACAAAAACGAAUAACAAUGUCCGCACUCCGUCUCGUAGCGCGUCCCCUCCGCACCGUUCCCCGGUUCACCCGCGCAAUGACCACAAACAUCCGCGAUGCCGGUGGUGCAUUCGCCAAGCGCGAGGCAACGGAAGAAGAGCGAUAUGCUUGGGAGCACGAGAAGGAAGUUAUCAAAAAGUUGAGGGAGCAGCUCAAGUUGAAGGAGCAGGCUGCCAAGAAGAAGCUCGAGAAGGACCCUAGCUUGGAUCCUCAAUUCCACAAGGAGUUGGAGAAGAGUGUGCAUCUCCACGGAAAGGCAGGAUCGGAUGCUUUCAGCAAAAGGGAAUCUGCUGCCGAAGAGCGCUACAUCCGAGAACAUGAAAGGGAGGUUGCAGAACGGAAGACUGGCAAGAAAUAGAGGGUUUAUGGACAGGGGAUGACCUACAGACCAAGAAUGAAUAUUCUCCAAUACAUGAAGCGUCAUUUUUAAAUAAUUUCAAGAUGGAUAACCUGUUUGACAUCGCAAAUGCAUAUAUUCAACACA